GCUGAGGAACAGAACCCGGGGAGGACGGGAGCCGGCAGUCGGGGUUCCACGUGUGGUCAGGACUGGCCGUGAUCCCUUAGCCUUUCUCUUCCCAGAGGACAGGGCGGGGCUCGGCUGGCUCUAAAGUCCUCGUUAGAAGGCAGUCAGGGACCGCGGCGCGCGCCUGGGAGCCCAGCACUCCGGAGCAGAGGCGGGUGGAGCUCUGUGGGUUCGAGGCCAGCCUGGUCGGCAAAGCGAGUCCAGGGCAUCCAGGGCCACACAGGGAAGCUCCGUCUCAGAAAACCAAGAAGAAGAAGAAACAGGGUGUCCGGGGCGGGUCAGGCUAGGGGAGGGCUUGGAGAAGGCUUUGGUUCACGCAGUUCCCGGUGUGGGGGGACCCCAGCCGCCUGGUCACCGCCGCUGUUACGAACGUCUGCCGGCCACCGGGUCCCCGCCAGAGCACAGGGCCCUACCGAGGCAGGGGGAUGUCUGCGUUUGAGGCCAGCUCGGCUUACGUAGUGAGGCCGUUCCAAAAGUAUUUAAUAAAAUGCUUCAAUAAAGGAGGGAAGGGGCGGGGCUGUGGGCGGGGCUACAGUCCCAAGGGAAGCUCGGGGGCGGGGCUGUGGGACAUGCUGGCAAUCACGAGCUUGGCUUUGGAGCUGGGAUUUUCCUGGAGUGCUGGUGAGCCAGGUUGGGGCUCCAGAGGGGAGCUCAGGCCCUGGAGGGAGCGUAGAGAAUCCGCGGACGGGCGUGGGACGGGCGGGUGGAGCUCCACGCCGCCUGGGGUCACCAAUGGUCCUUUCGGGUGGGCGGGGCUGAAGCGAAUGGCGGGCGCUGCACGUCUGUCAUCCGGGCGCACAGGAGGCCGAGGCAGGAGGAUGGCCGUGAGCUUGAGCCGCCCAGGGCCUGCGGUGUGUGCAGUGCGAGAGCAACCAGAACUGCCAGGCGGAGGAGUGUGCGCCGGGGCAGGAGCUCUGCAGGACCACGGAGCUGCGGGAAUGGCAAGGGAGAAGACCAACCGUACCAUGAGCUACCGCGUGGGCUCCAAGAUCGUCAGCCUGGCGGAGACGGUGUGCCCCGGGGACCUCUGCAACAGGCCCAGACCCCGAGUCCGAGGCCCGGCGUUUCCCCGGGGCCGGUACCUUGAGUGUGUGUCUUGCACGUCGCUGGACCAGAGCUGCGAGCGCGGCCGGGAGCAGAGCCUGCGGUGCCGCGACCCAGGAGAGCAGUGCAUCGAGGUGGUGACCCUGCAGAGCGGAGACAGGAGAGCGAACGACCAGAACUACACUAGAGGCUGCGGCCGCCUCCCCGGGUGCCCGGGCGUCUCGGGGUUCCACGGCGGCCGCGCCUUGCACCUCCUCAAGUGCUGUAACCGCACCCAGUGCAACGGCGGCCCGGCUCUAGGUCUUCAGGACCUGCCACCCAACGGCAUCCGGUGCUACGGCUGUGACGGCCACGAGUGCUCCUCCUCCGACCCGGCCCUCAUCGACUGCCGUGGACCCAUGACCCGGUGCCUGGAAGCCACGGGCGUGGACGGUGAGGCCGGGGGCGUGGACGCGCAGGAAAACCGGAGCCUCACCGUGCGGGGCUGCGCCACGGCGUCCUGGUGCCAGGGCUCGCACGCGGCCGACGCCUUCCUCCUGAGCCGCCUGCGCGUGUCCUGCUGCGAGGGCAGCGGCUGCAACCGGCCCUCGGGCGGCGGGGCGGGCCCGGCGCGCCUCGGCCUCAGCGCCUGCCUGCUGGCGGUCCUCCUCGCCCUCGCUGCCUGAGCCGGGCCUGCGUCCUCGAGGGCCUAAGCGCGCCCUGGCGGCGCCCUCCUCCUCCCUCCGUCCUCCUCGCCCCCUUCCGUCCCCUGCGUCCUCGCGGGCGUGAGCGUGCCCUGGCGGGCGUGAGCGUGCCCUGGCGGCGCCCUCCUCGUCCCCCUCCGUCCUCCUCGCCCGGGGUGCCUGAGCCGGGCCUGCGUCCUCGUGGCGCCCUCCUCUGUCCCCUGCGUGUUCGUGGGCGGGAGCGUGUCCUGGCGGCGCCCACCUCGCCCUCCCUCCGUCCUCCUCGCCCCCCUCCGUCCCCUGCGUCCUCGCGGGCGUGAGCGUGCCCUGGUCGCGUCCUGUACCGAGAACCAGAAGGGACGUGGCUGCGGGCAGCGUCGUCCUGGCUGAGUUAACGCUGCUGCUGUUGUGUUCGUCACGUUAUUUAUUUUAAGUGUAAAUAAAUAAAUGGAAGAUUUUUGUACCAGUGAA